AGGCGCCCUGAGAUCAGAGGCAUCCACUCACUUCCUUCUCCUGCAGCCCAGCUCCUCUGCCCCCUGCUCACCUCCCCUCCCUCAGGAUGAAGCCUCCCCCUCUUCUGGCCCCCCUUUGUCUCCUGGUGGCCCUGGCUGGUGGGAACCUGGUCCAGUUUGGGGUGAUGAUUGAAAGGCUGACAGGGAAGCCGGCGCUGCAGUACAAUGACUAUGGCUGCUACUGUGGGGUCGGCGGCUCCCACUGGCCGGUGGACCAGACAGACUGGUGCUGCCACGCCCAUGACUGCUGCUAUGAACGUCUGGAGAAGCUGGGCUGUGAACCCAAGCUGGAAAGAUACGUUUUCUCUGCCGACAGGCACCACAUCUCCUGUGCUGGCACAACCACCUGCCAGCAGCAGACCUGUGAGUGUGACAAGAGGGCUGCGCUCUGCUUUCGCCACAACCUGGGCACCUACAACAGCAAAUACACCCAUUACCCCAACAAGCUGUGCACGGGACCCACUCCGCCCUGCUAAGGCUGUGUCCUGGCUCGUCCCUGCGCCUGCCCCCUGCUGCUGCAGCCCCAGGCCUGGGAACACUGGCACCAGAGGCCCUCCCUCUGGAGAGUUCCUUUCCUGCAAGCCCAUCCCUGCCUGAGAGUCCCAGACUGAGGUCUGGACCAUCACUGGCCAACCAGGCCAUGUCUUCCCCUGAGGAAGAGCUGUGCCCCAGGAGCCAAGGGGCACUUCAGCCCUCAGAGGAUUCGAGAACCCACGCCUGGGAUCUCAGUCCCCUCUUCGGAAUAAGUGAAUAACGUUGUCCCAUCAUUCUAACAUUGUCUGAUUCUCAGCUUCUGUCACUGUAGGAUUUAAGUAGUUUACACUUUCAUUCAUUCAUUCAUUUUUUAGGAUUUAAGUAGUUACACUUUCAUUCAUUCAUUCAUUUUUAAAGCACCUACUAUGUGCUGAGCACUGGCAUACAGUGGGGACAAAUCUGACACGGGUGGCCCCCGUGUGCAACUCCAGCAUUCUCUCCUUUUAACUUCCCAUUACAGUAAGUUUUUGUGAUUCUCUUUUUCUAACAUUCCACAAUCUCAUCCAAGACCCUAACAGCCAUCUCUGGAAGGAGUAUUUCUGGCUGUAUAGUGCAAUGUGAGCAGCAUGAAAAACAUACCUAAAAAUAUUGUCCCCAAUGUGUCAUCAGGCCUCAAGUCUUUCCCAUUAUCAGAUUGGUUAAGAGUGAAAAGAACUUCUAGAAUCAUCUUAUCCAAACCCUUCCUUUGAUACAACAGCAAAUAUAGGAGUCAGAAAGGGGAAGUCCUACCUGACAGGGUGUCCCCACUCCCAGGCCAGUGUGUCUCCAUUUCUUCACCAGUCAGUAUCAGCCUGUGAAACUCUGCUAUGGCCGUGUUACCAGCCCCUCUGGUUGUUAUCUUGGAAAGCCCAGAGCGCCCAGGGAAGGUCAGCUCUGAGGGUGCCCAGGCUGGGUCCGGAUCCCAGCACAAGGAGGGGAAGAGGAAAGAUUUCAGCCCCCAACAUCACGGAGCUGCCUCUGGAGCCAUGAAGGAUUUAAUGCGCCAAAGGAUUCCUACCAAGUGGAAUGCAGACUAUUCUGGAAGCAAUGUACUACAGCAGAUUCUACCCCUAAAUAUAAAUAUACUAUCUAUAAUCUAUACUUACAAUCCCUAAUAUGCAGAUAAACUCUUCCAGGAUUGAGAUGAUCCUAUUCAAUGAGAGAGAACAUGUAAUAAGGACUUGCAUGGGGAAAAGCUCACAGCACAUACAAUAAAUUCACUCCCUUUGUCUUUUUCAUGGCAUGUGUAUGACAUUUAGGACUCUGAGGGCAUGAAGAAAUCAAAGGGAUCAUCAUCAUAAACCUUAAAGGGUGAGGAAGUUCUGUGUUGGCAAAGAAGGGCGGGGUGCCGGGGUCCCGGCUUUGCUGGUGUGGCUGAAGCUAUUCCUCUGUAAAGAAUCACUAGGAGACCAGGUCUUAAAACUGGGUUGCCUGGGGAAGGGAGCCAGCUAGCACUGUCAGAAAAGUGGUCCCAAGGCGCCCUCUGGUGUCCAUUUUGUUCAGGCUACAAGGAGGAAACCUGUAUUAAACCUGAAUUUUUCAUCAGAGGGUCAAAGCAUGCUUCCAGGAGAGUCAAAUCAAUCCCUUCGUGUUUUCAAUAACAAAUACGCUGAUAAAUAACCAGUAAGUCCUUACAAACACCUUAGAAUGACGGUGCCACUGCAUAAGUGAGGAACACAGGCAGAAGGAACUGGCUCAGGAGAGAUGGAGACAUGUUCUGGACGUGAUGGAUUUGAGGUAGCCAGGGACCAGCACCUGUCAUCUUAUUACUUGUGUGACCAUCCAGUAAGGUGCAAACUGGGACUUCAGAACAAGACCCUCGUGCAGCCUGUUUUCCCAGGGAUCAAUAAAUGUUUUGUGAAUGAA